UCCUUCACUUCCACCUGUUAAAAGAUGUAAAUGACAUCCCUCUCUUCAAACCGUCCAUGCUGAAAGCCUGGAGGAUCCAGCGAGUCCACAUGCUGAGGGGCUGUCUCAGUGACCCAGAACGGGAGGAUGGGAUUCUGUACAGAUACGGUGGCACGCUGCAACUCAACCAUGUCCAGGGUGAAGGGGCAUCUGUGCCCGUGUGGAUUCCAAUCAGAGGCACUUCACAGCAAGAGGGCUACCACUUCCACCAGGCUCAGUGGGUGACUGGGAACAAAGUCUCCCCAGAGUUAUUUCAGGCCCAGGGUAUGACUGGUGUGGCACGCUGGAAUUUCCAGAGAUUGGUGGAUCUCAAACAGCCGGGUGUGGUUUUGCCUGCAGUGUUUGACCCACUACUGAUCACAGACUUGAACAUGGCCUCUGUGAAUGUGACGGGGAGCGCCAAAUAUCCAGCACUACAAGUCUCCAACAGGGACACGGGAGAGAGGUUUGGACUCGAGUACGUUGAGCAAGGGUGCCGUGCUGUUCCUCUCGACUGGGAAAAGCACAGAUCUCAGAAGAGGACAGACAUGUCCGUAUUCCUGACCCCUCUCCCUGUUGAGAAAUGUCAACCCUCAGCAACACAGCUGCCGCCGACUGUCAGAUUUCCUGAUUCUGCAGCUCCUGCUACUGAGGCUUUAAAGAGAGAAAGCACUGAGGAGCCCCAGAUGGACAUAGAUCUGCCCUGCACACCUCCACUGCCUAUGACCGCCUCACCAAGAAGUGCACGCACGGGGCCUAUCAAGACUGGUGGCCGGGUCUUUGUGUUGGACCACAAUCGGUGGCCUGGCCCAAUGAGGGUGGCUAUUGAUGGUCUGCUUGCCAGGCAUCAUGGACAGAAGGACAUGCUGAAACUGGUGGACUUUGACUAUGCUUCCAUGGUGCAAAGUUCAUGUGCAGACCCCAACAGCCUGCUUCACCCAACCACCAAACACCACAUUGGAAGGUAUAUUAAACACCUGGCCAAAUUAAAAAACACCAGUUCCUCCCUUAACACCAGUCCUGAAAAGCUCUUGGAGACCCAACAACUGUGGCAGCACUUAACCAUGGGUAGUGACACAACCUGUGUCCCUGUAACAGCACUCCCACCUGCAGUUGUGAACCCACCCGCACUGCCCACACAAAAUGCUCCUCUUACUGAAGCUGCCAUAGAGAAAAUUGUUUUGGGACUGAUGGAAAAGCAGCAACAGUCAGAGCAACAACAGCAGCAAAAGAAAAAAAUGACAAAAACCUGCCUUUCAUGUGGCCAACCCAAGUCCCGUUACAUGAAUGAUGGCUCCUCAAUUCAUUAUUUUUAUCAGAGUGGGCAUGUUAGGUACUUCUACUGCUCCACAAAAGUAUUUAAAACAUAUGGAGCAGAGGGCCUCACAAACCCCAAAAUGUCUUUUGAGGAUUUCAUGUCAACACCCUUCUUUCAACAAGAACUUGAAUCCAUAAAACAGAAAGUGGAACAACAGAAGGACAAACAAAAGAGGAAGUCAGCAGAUGUGGUACCCUCUGGCCGUUUGUGCAGGUUCUGCCAUUUGGAACUAAAACAGGGCCCUAAUAGUCCUCACAUUCACACAGGGUUCCCCGGAGUGGCAGGGAAAUAUAUUUAUUGUCCUGCCAAGCUGUUCUCCCUCUACCAGGCCAAGGGUAUGGAGAAAGAAAUGACCUGGAAGGAGUUCCAGGCAUCUGCUUUUUAUCAUGAUGAAAAGAAAAGAUGGAUGAAAAGAGGAAAUCAAGAAACCAAAAGGGGGAACAAAGGGGUUCUAGAAGGAGUUCUGAAAGACACUCAUGGGGGUGUCCACUGA